AUGCAGGCCAAAAAACGGUAUUUAAUCCUGUUCUCCGCCGGUGCCUGUGUCAUUCUACUUUUCUGUUUCGGGGGGAUACAAGUCCCGCUGUCCAAGCGGGGCUCUAACCGGCGUGAUGACCGCAGCCUGGCCGGUUAUCACCCCGGGGCGCGGUGGCGGCGCGUGCCGGGGUUCCUGCAGCCCUUUAGCACCUGGGAGAAGGACCACAGCAAUGAUCUCAACCCACACAUAUCUCCCAGACAGAAGAGGGACAUUAACUCAGGCCUUUACACUGGAAAACGCUGCAGAAUGGAGUCCUGUUUUGACUUCUCCCUGUGUGAGAGGAAUGGAUUUAAAGUUUACGUGUAUCCCCAGCAGAAAGGAGAAAAGAUCUCCGAGAGUUAUCUGAACAUUUUGUCCUCUAUUGAAGGGUCCAGGUUCUUUACUCCUGACCCAGGACUUGCAUGCCUGUUUGUCCUGAGUUUGGACACACUGGAUCGGGACCAACUUUCACCUCAAUAUGUGCACAACCUGAAAGCAAAAAUCCAAAAUCUUCCUCUCUGGAAUGAAGGCAAAAAUCACAUCAUCUUUAACUUAUACUCUGGCACUUGGCCAGAUUACACGGAAGAUCUUGGCUUUGACAUUGGCCUCGCCAUGCUGGCCAAGGCCAGCAUCAGCACAGAGAACUUUAGGCCUAACUUUGAUGUCUCCAUCCCUCUUUUUUCUAAAGACCACCAUAGAAUUGGAGGGGAGAGGGGUUAUCUGAAACACAACACAAUCCCCCCUUUCAGGAAGUACAUGCUUGUUUUCAAGGGGAAGAGGUACCUGACUGGAAUCGGUUCGGACACUAGGAAUGCUUUAUAUCACGUACAUAACUCGGAGGACGUGGUCCUCCUCACCACCUGUAAGCAUGGGAAGGACUGGCAGAAGCACAAGGAUGCACGCUGUGACAAAGACAAUGCAGAAUACGACAAGUACGACUACAGAGAGAUGCUGUACAACUCCACAUUCUGCCUGGUGCCUCGUGGUCGGCGACUGGGCUCUUUCCGCUUUUUAGAGGCUUUACAGGCAGCUUGUGUGCCCGUGAUGCUUAGCAAUGGCUGGGAGCUCCCCUUCUCGGAAAUCAUCGACUGGAAUACAGCUGCUGUGAUUGGGGAUGAGAGGCUGCUUUUACAGAUCCCUUCGACAGUACGCUCCAUCCACCAGGACAAAAUUCUGUCCCUGAGACAGCAGACGCAGUUCCUGUGGGAGGCUUACUUCAGCUCUGUGGAGAAGAUAGUCCUAACUACACUGGAGAUCAUCCAGGAUCGGGUUCUGCUGCACACCUCAAGGAGUAACCAGAUGUGGAACAAUCUGCCUGGUGGUCUUUUCUCCCUGCCUCAGUACUCCACACAUCUGGGAGAUUUCCCCUUCUUUUACGCUAAGCUGGGUAUUAAGCCGUACCCCAAGUUUACUGCAAUCAUUCAUGUGGUCACGCCGCUGGUCUCUCAGUCCCAGCCAGUGAUGAAGCUGCUUGUUGCUGUGGCAAAAUCUCAGUACUGUGCACAGGUGAUUGUUCUGUGGAACUGUGACAAACCUCUCCCUGCCAAGCACCGCUGGCCUUCCACCUCAGUCCCUGUUAUUGUUAUUGAAGGAGAGAGCAAGAUGAUAAGCAGUCGCUUUCUUCCGUAUGACACCAUCCCCACUGAUGCUGUCCUCAGCCUGGAUGAGGACACCGUGCUUUCUACCACAGAGGUCGACUUUGCCUUCACAGUGUGGCAGAGCUUCCCCGACCGCAUCGUGGGGUACCCAGCCCGCAGCCACUUCUGGGACAGCAGCAAGGAGCGCUGGGGCUACACUUCCAAAUGGACCAACGACUACUCCAUGGUGCUGACUGGGGCUGCCAUCUAUCACAAAUAUUACCACUACCUGUACACCACCUACCUGCCAGCCAGUCUCAGGACGAUGGUUGACCAGAUGUCCAACUGUGAGGACAUCCUCAUGAAUUUUCUUGUGUCAUCCGUGACCAAACUACCACCCAUCAAGGUUACCCAAAAGAAACAAUACAAGGAAACCAUGAUGGGACAGAGCUCCAGAGCGUCUCGCUGGGCUGACCCGGACCACUUCGCCCAGCGUCAGACUUGCAUGAACAAGUUUGCCAGCUGGUUUGGCACCAUGCCUCUGGUCCACUCUCAGAUGAGGUUAGACCCUGUCCUGUUCAAAGACCAGGUGUCCAUACUGCGGAAGAAAUACAGGGACAUCGAGAGGCUAUAA